AGAACCGCGCCCCGGAGGCGGGUCCAAGCGCCUGAUGCCCAAUUCUGUGGCUCGCCCGAAGUCCAGCCGGGCUCUUCUGAUUGGCCGGCGCGCUACGUCUCCGUUCAAGGACCGCCUCCUGCCUCCGUCUCGCGGAUCAUGGCCCUGCGAGCCUGUGGCUUGAUCAUCUUCCGAAGACACCUUAUUCCCAAGGUGGACAACAGUACAAUUGAGUUCCUGCUGCUGCAGGCAUCAAACGGCGUUCACCACUGGACUCCUCCCAAAGGCCAUGUGGACCCUGGAGAGACUGACUUAGAAACAGCCCUGCGAGAGACUCAGGAGGAAACAGGCAUAGAAGCAAGCCAACUGACCAUCAUUGAGGGGUUCAGGAGGGAGCUCAAUUAUGUGGCCUGGAAGAAGCCUAAAACAGUCAUUUACUGGCUGGCAGAGGUGAAAGACUACGACGUGGAGAUCUGCCUCUCCCAGGAGCAUCAAGCCUACCGCUGGCUAGGACUGGAGGAGGCCUGCCAGUUGGCUCAGUUCUCGGAGAUGAAGGCAACACUCCAAGAAGGACACCAGUUUCUCUGCUCCAUGCCGGCCUGAGCUGACCAGAACAAACGCUUCUGCUGCGGCCUGGAGGGUCUUCUGAGAUGAACCCGUCCCCAUCCAGGGAAGGCUGUGAUGGUCUUGGGCUUGCUUCAGCCAAGAGCAGAUAGGUUGGUGAAAUUAAAAUUAGCUCGGCACUCUCAGGUGAAAGCAAGGAGGCCCUGGAUUCAAUCCCUAGUAGAAGAUAAUUACUUUAAAAAUAAGAGCAAGUAGGAAUUUUAGCUGAGUUAAAAAGCAAAGGGGGUGAAAUUUUUAAAUGCCAGCCCCAGUAAGUGUACUUUAUAAAUAAACUUCAAACAGCUUAUGUGGCCUUUUAA